AUGAUUAAGAUUGACUUCGGCUUUCGAAGCCGUAGCCAGGAUGGUGAGGGUGAGGGCUGGUUUGGCAAACUGCCGCAGUUCACUGUGAUCUCCCGCCCGGGGUCGUCGUUAGGGCACAGCACCCCUUCGUCCGGACUGGCAACCCCGACCGAAGAAAAAGGCCUCACCACGUUACAACCUUGCCCGGAAAUUGGUCGACUGGCCUCCUGGAGAGGUGCUUUGAUCUUGCUGGUGACUUCCGGCUCCCAAUUUCUUGAUAAUGUUUUCAUGACCAGUUCGAACAUCGCGCUAUCCUCUAUUCAGGAAGAAUUCGGAGUUUCCAGUACUGAGUUACAAUGGAUGAUUUCUGCAUACACUUUGACAUUUGGUGGGUUUCUGCUACUCGCAGGUGUGCUCUCUGAUCGAUAUGGGAGAAAAAUGAUUCUGUGCCUCGGCCUCUUCUGGCUGUCCGUCUGGACACUCGCUAUUGGAUUUGGCCAGUCAUUUAUCCAGCUUGCCGUCUUCCGUGGUAUCCAGGGAAUCGGCGCUGCAUUGACUGUUCCAUCGGCGAUCGGAAUCAUCAGUUCCUACUUCACUGGUGUUGACCGCACUCGGGGAUUGUCUAUCUACGCAGCAUCUGGGACACUGGGAUUCUGCGUCGGCCUCAUCUUCGGUGGUUUCCUCACGUCAUCGCUGGGCUGGCGAUAUAUUUUCUAUUUAAUUGUCACCAUCACAGGCUCCAUCGGGGUCCUAGGCGCCAUCGUCCUCCCCAAAGACGACUUGGCUGGGAAGGAAAAGCCCAAGAUGGAUUACUUUGGAGCCCUGCUGUCUACAGCUGGCCUGAUCCUGCUUCAAUUUGUGCUUUCAAGUGGAGGUGAUUACGGCUGGGGCACCUCAUUCAUCAUCGUUCUGCUCAUUCUCGCGGUCGCCCUUCUGGUCGCUUUUACCUUCCUUGAAUGGUACAUUUCCUAUCCGAUCAUGCCCUUAGAUCUGUGGAAAAUCCCCAAUUUCGCAGGUCUUUGGAUUGCAGGAUUUACCUGCUACGGCAGCUAUCAAAAUGUCAUCUACUACAUUGUCCUGAUGGCACAACAGGUGGACAAUCUGUCCGCCGGCGAGACAGCCCUCCGGUUCUUGCCUAUGGGCGUCAUUGGAUUCAUUGCCUCCAUGGGAACAGGAAAGGCUCUCGAAUAUGUGAACGGGAAAUACACUCUUAUUGCCGGGCUGGUCCUGACGGUGUUAGCCCCCGUUCCAAGUGCAUUGACCGCGACAGACUCAGAGCCAGACUUCUGGGUUAAUGUUCUUCCUACAUCCCUUAUCAGUAUUACAGCCGUAUCGCUCAUCUUCGUGACAACGAGCACCACAAUCCUGACAACAGUCCCAGUUAACGUCAAGAGUUUAUGUGGUGGAAUGCUAAACACAGCCUUUCAAAUCGGCUCUGGUGUCGCCCUUGCCAUCUCUGCCGCAGUCACAGAAGCAGUCGAUAUAAAAAAAGGUCACGGCCUUGCCCAGCAGUAUUCCACCGGUCUAUGGUGCUCUGCCGGACUAGCAGCUCUAGGUCUCGUCAUUGCGAUGAUCUCCGUUCGCAGACGAGGCAUCGGACCGGGCGAUAGGAACGAUACGCUAGUUGCGAUUUAA